AAAAAGAGGAGGUUUUGCUUGUGAGGAGAUAGAUAGCUAGCACGAGAGGAGUUCGAUCGCAGUUGAUUGAUCCAUCCAUGGCAGCGGUGACGAUCCAGUCGGUGAAGGCGCGGCAGAUCUUCGACAGCCGCGGCAACCCCACCGUCGAGGUGGACAUCGGCCUCAGCGACGGGAGCUUCGCCAGGGGCGCGGUGCCCAGCGGCGCUUCCACUGGAAUAUACGAGGCCUUGGAGCUGAGAGAUGGAGGAUCUGAUUACCUGGGCAAAGGUGUUCUCAAGGCCGUGAGCAAUGUAAACACUAUAAUUGGACCGGCGCUGAUUGGAAAGGAUCCAACUGAGCAGGUUGACAUUGAUAACUUCAUGGUCCAACAGCUUGAUGGAACCUCCAACGAAUGGGGCUGGUGCAAACAGAAGCUUGGGGCAAAUGCUAUUCUCGCGGUGUCACUUGCAGUGUGCAAAGCUGGAGCCAUGGUGAAGAAGAUUCCACUUUACCAGCAUAUUGCAAACCUCGCCGGAAACAAGACACUUGUGUUGCCUGUGCCUGCCUUCAAUGUGAUCAAUGGAGGUUCUCACGCUGGGAACAAGCUUGCCAUGCAGGAGUUCAUGAUCCUACCAACUGGUGCCUCCUCGUUCAAGGAGGCCAUGAAGAUGGGAGUUGAGGUGUAUCACAACCUGAAGAGUAUAAUCAAGAAGAAGUAUGGACAAGAUGCGACAAAUGUUGGUGAUGAAGGUGGCUUUGCACCUAACAUUCAGGAAAACAAAGAGGGCCUUGAACUGUUGAAGGCCGCUAUAGCUAAGGCUGGCUACACUGGAAAAGUGGUUAUUGGAAUGGAUGUUGCUGCUUCUGAAUUUUUCAGUGAGAAGGACAAGACUUAUGAUCUCAACUUCAAAGAGGAUAACAAUGACGGUUCACACAAGAUCUCGGGCGACAGUCUGAAAGAUCUGUACAAGUCCUUCGUUUCUGAGUACCCUAUCGUGUCAAUCGAAGAUCCGUUCGAUCAGGAUGACUGGGCCACCUACGCUAAAAUGACAGCUGAGAUUGGGCAGCAAGUGCAGAUCGUAGGAGAUGACCUUCUUGUUACUAACCCCACGAGGGUUGCCAAGGCAAUCAGUGAGAAGACCUGCAAUGCUCUUCUCCUGAAGGUGAACCAGAUAGGCUCAGUGACGGAGAGCAUUGAAGCCGUCAGCAUGUCCAAGCGUGCUGGGUGGGGAGUCAUGGCAAGCCACAGGAGUGGUGAGACGGAGGAUACCUUCAUCGCCGACCUCUCGGUUGGUCUAGCUACGGGCCAGAUCAAAACAGGAGCUCCCUGCCGGUCUGAGCGUCUAGCUAAAUACAACCAGCUGCUGAGGAUCGAAGAAGAGCUUGGAGAGGCAGCGGUGUACGCCGGAGCAAACUUCAGGGCGCCCGUGGAGCCUUACUGAAAACACUGGAGGAAGAGACGAGCCAUGGGUUUUUGUUACUGCUAGUUUAUAUUACUGCUGUGUUUUGAUCCGAGCCUGGUAAUGCCAGGCACAAUAAGAGUAGUUCCUCUUUAUACAAGAGCUAGCUGUGACUGCUCAUACGGUUUUGCUAUAGUUCUGGUGUGAUUUUGUUAUACGGUGGCAAUGAAAUAAAAUAGUUUAUGUUCCUCUGA